GCCGGCAUGAAUCAAUCUCUCUCCCUUCCCUCCCUCUCUGCAUUUACGGCGUUCACUAGACGAGCCUACCAAGAGGGACUUACACAAGGGCUUGAACUGAAAACUUCAGUGGGAUAUUUUGAAAUUAGCUGCAUUAAAAGGCGGCGAUAAACACCACUGAAAAACACACAGAAAGCCGAGCCUAUUUCGUACUUCCGCAAUACACGUUCCCAUAGUAACGCUUCACAAACUCAAGCAUGGUGCGCAUCAGUGAAGAUCUCAUCCGCCAUCGUGCUGAGCACAACAACUGUGAGAUCUUUUCUCUGGAGGAGAUUUCAUUACAUCAGCAGGACAUUGAACGUAUAGAGUACAUUGACAGGUGGUGCCGAGACCUGAAAAUCCUCUAUUUGCAAAACAACCUAAUUUCCAAGAUAGAGAAUGUUGGUAGACUGAAGAAGUUGGAGUAUCUGAAUCUGGCACUGAAUAACAUUGAAGUGAUUGAAAAUUUGGAAGGUUGCGAAGAUCUUCAGAAGCUUGACCUGACUGUGAAUUUUGUUGGUCGAUUGAGCAGUGUGGAGUCUCUGAAACAGAAUGUGCACCUCCGGGAGCUUUUUCUUGUGGGAAAUCCCUGCACUGAGUUUAAGGGUUACAGGCAGUAUGUGCUGGCCUGCCUGCCUCAACUUCAGUGGCUAGAUGGCACAGCAAUAGGGCGAGCAGAACGGAUACAGGCACUGCAAAACUUUGAUGACUUGAAGAAGUGUGUCUUAGAACAAGAGGCUGAAUAUGUGGAAAGGAGAGAGAAACAGAAGAGGGAGGGGCUAAAAGAAAACUCAAGCAGCAACCCACAAGAUUUAGAUCACAAGCGUCUCCCGAGGAACGACUCUCAGAUAACCAAGGAGAACACGAACCAAGACCCAAAUCUUGAGUGCCAUCCAAAUCAGAAUUCAAACUCAGAGGAUGAGGAGAAUGAUUUUUGGGAAAAGCCAUGUGCCUUUACUCCAGAGUCAAGACUGGAGGCACAUCGCCAUCUAGAGGAGAAGAGGAGAACAAAAGAGAGACUGAGAGAGCCAAAGAGGAAGGAUAAACCUCCCAGAACUCUGAUCACAUCUGAUGGAAGAGUGCUGAACAUGAAUGAACCAAAGUUGGAUUUUACUCUAAGUGAAGAUGAAGAAAACAACUGUGUACUUUUGGAUCUGCAUGUAUACAGGCAUUUGGACACCUCUUUGCUGCAUGUGGAUAUUCAGCCUACAUACGUGAGGGUGACUGUCAAAGGAAAGGUGUUCCAGUUGGUUUUGCCUGAUGAGGUUAAACCAGAUAGCAGCACAGCUCAGAGAUCUCAAACUACUGGCCACCUGCUUAUCACCAUGCUCAAGUUGCAUGGAGAGGUAAAAGUAAAAAAAGCAACUCAUAAACUGACCAAUGGUUCCUGCAGAGGAAAUGGGACUUCAGAGACCUCAAAGGAAAAGGGCAGGGCGAUCUCUGGUUGUCAGAGAUUAGAAGUUGACCCCAGCAAAAGCUUUGCUGUACAACUGGCCAACAUUGUCCCUAAAGAAGACCACACUACCCAUGGUCCCCUGCAGCUCUCCUGGCCCUGUCGAGCCCAAGAGAAGCCUGUGUCCAAAGACUUUGUGGAUGACCCCGAAGUGCCCCCUCUCAUGUGAGAAACACAAAGAAUGGAAGAAUGUGAGAGAAUACAUGUACAACUGUGAAAAUACAGUACAUGACAGCAGUUAUAAAUUACAGUUUUGGGGAAUUUUGUUAUUCUUUUGGAUGCAUGUGAAGAUAUGGACUUCACAGGGUGUUCUUGGGUUUCUUCCUAUCUUUUACUUUUUAUUGAAUAUUCGUAUAAUUGUGUUUACAUGUACCAAGCCUAGAGUGAAAUGUACUCCAGUUUUGUUCAUUCGAGUUUGUAAUUCAGAUGUCUCCAGCAUUGUUAGUAUUCAUUCACACAAGGAUCAGAAUAGGUGUGAGGUGCACAUGUAUAGUGAUAGAAUGGAAGCCCAUUUGUUCACAGAUAUGAAAUCCAAUAGCAUUUUAUUAUAUCAAAGAUGCACACCAGAAGUGGAUAUUCCUUCUCUAGUGAAUUCACACCAGUGGGCAGAAAUCACUUGAAAUUUAUUUUGUUCACACUCUAAAAUGCAGAUUGGAAUUGGAUUGAGACAGUCCAGCUGCUCCACUUUAGGUUUACACCGGGUUUACAGUUUUGCUGUACUUUUUCUGGGCCAGAGGGAUAAGGGUCAGAUGAAUAAAACAUGACAUUGUCACUGAGCAGUCAGCCAAUUUGAAUUAUUUACACUCAUCUUCCCAAUUCCCCAUUCCAUGGCUGUGGAAUGAAAAUCGGAUCUGAACUGAGGUGUUUUUUUUUUUUUUAAUAUGUUUAUUUUACUUUGUCUCUUAUGAUUUCUGGAUUUCAUCCCUACUUCCCACACAUCUCAAACAAUUUUACCUUCCCUAUCCUGAGACAUACUGUGUAACCAUCAAUACACAGUGGGAUCUGUGCCCUGUGCUCUGCCUAGGCCAUGUUGUGCCUAGCUAAACUCCCCUUCCUGUGCACACAUAUAGUACAUACACACCAAGUUCCAGUCAGUAACCCUCAGAUGUCUCUGAUGAGACAAAUGUGAAUUGCACAGACCAGUCAACCUUUGCAGUGUGAGUAAAGCCAGAGCACUGUGUGUGUGUGUAUAUGUGUGUGUGUGUGUGUGUGUGUGUGUGUGUGUAUGUGUGUGUAUGGUGACCUCAUCUUGCCUUGUGUUAGAACCACACCCACUUUGAGAGCAGUGAGAUAUUCCCACAGCAGAGACUGUACAUUCUCUCUCCGUGUAGUGUGUUUGCUAGAAUACCCCCAUCUACUUUGAUAUAUGAUAUAUGAAACAAAUGACAUGUUACACUCAGGCAGUGUGUAAAUUAUCAUCAAAUAUUGAUGAAAUCUUCCUCUCUCUGCCUCUCCCACACCCAAAUGCACACAAACACAAACAAUCUCUCUCUCUCUCUCUCUCUCUCUCUCUCACUCACACUCACACACACACACACACACACAAACACGCACGUGCUCUGCUGCAGCCAGUCAGUCUGUGAGAGUAAAAGGCUAGUCCCUAUAGACAUAUACAGGAGUAGAGGAGGAUGGAAAAUAAGAGUGAAGGAUAGAGUAAAGAACGCAGGCAGCACAAUAAUAUACACUUAUCAUUUAAUAUCAUUUUAGGUGAUUGUAUAUUAUUAGAAAAAUCAGGAGCAUCCAAAUAUUAAAGUUACUCAUAAAAUGCAAAUCCAACCACUUACAAGAACCAACAUGAAAUAAAGUGAAUUACUGUGUGAUAUCUGUGUACUAUAAUGCACUUGACUGACUGUAUUGAAUUUUUCUUCAGAAAAUUGUAUAUACCUAUAAUUUUUUUUUUUGGAUUGCAUGUAUUUGUGCCUCCUGGGUCUCCUUCUCCUCGUGCUUGUUUCUUUUACAAGUAGCUUUCACAGGGAGGAGCGCCAUGCCUAAUUAUCUAAAAAAUCAUUUAUUUGACAAAAUUUGAUACAUGGCAUUAUAGAGUGCUAAGCAACAUGAUGUUAGUCAGAUCAUUUAAUUCCACAGCUGCUCCUGACAUCACAGAACAGGUCAGUACAGCUUCAAACGAGGCAAACCUACAUGUUGUUUCACUUCACUUUUUCAUCUGUGUUAAUGAUUUCCCCAAAUGGAAAGAGAGUGGAGAGGGGAACUCUGGGGAGUGAAUAGAGUAACACAGUGGAAGAGAACUAAGGAUACAUGUGUAGGCCAGCACUGUUUGGGGUAUGUUUUGGAUGUAUUACAUUUUUUUUUUUUUUUGCUAGUGAUUGAAUUUCCUAGUUUUGUGCUUUUAUUUGGUAAUCUUAACCAAAACCCACACAGUGAUGGGUGGGUCUCAAUUCUUUCAUGACCGCCUGUGAUGGGGAAACAGUAUCUUUUAUGUGUCACAUGGAGUUCUCCACAUUAAUAUCACGGAAAUAUGAUUAAACAGCUGCUUAAUUGAAGUAUAAUUUGGUUACCAGACAUUAGAUUUUCUGUAUUCUUUCUUUGUCUGGUUUGGCAUUAAAAUGAUAUCAGUGAUAUGUUUUCUGAUUAUUUUAAUUAAAUAAUGAUAUUUUAAACUAGAACAUAUUUUGCUUUCAUGGUCAAAUGCAUAGCAGUUAACGGUUCCCCUGACUUAAGAAAUACACUGUCUAAUUUUGAAAUGAAAUUACUUUUCAAUAAAUCAAUGCGAAA